AUGUCAUCUUCCGAUGAGGACGAUUUCAUGCCGCUGCCGCAGGGCAGAGACACAAAAUACACUAAUGAGAAACACGAGAGGUUCAAGCGCCAGAUGAAGGCAGAUCGCGCGGCCUCGAAGAAAGCUGCCUGUCCCCAGACCUCGACUCGCGCCCAAAAACAUGACAAGGAGACUGCACCAAAGCCGUCGCCAAUAGGGCAGCCUAAGAAGGCUCAGUGCUCUCGUGUCAAGGAGGUCCCGGCUCGAUCGAUAACGCCACCUAUUGCCAAUAGGUCGAUCAGUCCGUCGGAUUCUAGCGGAGUCCAGUGUGAGCAGCUCGAACCAGCUCGCCCAAAUGGCCUCGAUCAAUUGCUCCAGGGCGAUUCAACCAAGCAAGUGAAGACUAAAAUCGUGAAGACGAAGGUCAAGAAGGAUUCUGUUUCUCCUGAAGAGUCGAGUGUCAACCAGAGAGCGAGAAAGCUGUUUUCUCAGGCGAAGCCAUGGGAAGCGUUUGAAGCUGGCGAGGUUGACCUGAGCACCGCUGACAAGAUUCGGGACGAGAGCACUGCUUGCAACCAGCUUCUGGCUCAUGUGAGAUCUGACCCGCAUUUCAAAAUCAGCAAGACCAUUCCGUCAUAUUACACAGACACUUUGUAUGCGUACACGAAGGACUUGGCGAAGCUCCAGGGAUAA